AUGCUCUCUAGGACGAUUUUCGUCUCAUUAACGGCCCUAGGGGCUGCUAAUAUUGCCCAUGCACAGAUCAACGUCACCGCUGACGCCUGUGCAGACCCCUCUGCCUUUACUAACUGCACGGCAAAAACAUCAGCAGCCAGUACGGGCUGCAUGGAUCUAUGUGCCGGCAACAAAAUUUGUGUUCUUGGCUGCGGAUGUGCCAUGUACCAGGCGUACAUCAACUGUGUGGCCGAGUCUUGCUGGAAUCAGGCAUAUUCCUGCCAAUACAAUGAAUUGGUAGCAGAAUACUUCCUCGAAUGUCCCACGGCCACCGAAACGAUCCCAUUCUGGCCAGCGCCAGAUAACGCCCCUGCAGGCUGCUCGUGCAAUCUUGGCAAGGUAUUGCAGUCGGUCAUCAAAGCGCAGAAGGAAUAUACUUCGUGCAUCACAAAUAGUACGUCAACCUCGGUAAUUCAAUUGAGCAACACAGACACUGCAUGUGGAUGUUGCGAGUUUAGUGCUGGACUAUCUAGCAUGUACGAGACCUGCCCCGAUACAAUCCCGGCUAAAAUGGGCGCAGACCUCUGGCUCCAGACUGCGACUGCCUAUGGCACGUUGAUUGAUUGGGGUACGUGCGGGAGUGUUCUGAACAACUAUAACUGCCAGAAUCUGGGAUUUGCGCCUCCAUCGUCCAAUUCUAGUAGAUUUUACAAGCCGAACAAUAUCCCUCCCAAUGGGACCCAGACGCUGCAUAAUACCGGUGCUGUGACUGCAAUUACUGCGCCACCUAGUGGAUCGGUGUUCUCCUGGUCCCAGUCGACCGUGACGUACACUGUGACUGCGUCGCCGUGGAAGAACAACGCGGUGAAGGCGACUGGAACUGAGACUGCUGGAGCUACUGGGGCUUCUAAGACUUCAAGUACUGGAGCAGCUACAUCAGUGAAGCAGACGACCUCUAUUGUCUGGCUACCAGUGCUCACGGUCCUCGCCAAAAAACUGUUUGCUUAG